AUGCAGUGGACAGCUCGCUCACUGUGGUAUCUGCUGUGUCUGUGUCCUGCAACGGCGAAUCGCUGCGACGCUGCUUUGCUGCGUCCAUGCCUGGAAUCUCUUGCCACGCACCCGGGCUCCGUGCGUCCGGGGCGUGCUCCGAAAGCCGAGUCCCGAAAUGGGCCCAUUCAGACGGUUGGUGCAAAUGAUUUGACCUGCCCAGAAGCGCUGCCUUGGGAGGACCGGGAUUCCGACGGCUUUCGGCCUUUGGAUGGCUUUUUGGGCUUUUUGGACGAUUGCAUGAAGUGCAACAGUGACACUGAGAUCGCACUGCAAGGAAAGAGAUGA